GCGUGACAUAACCUAGCGGUGUUUGCGUUUACCCCCCCAUCAUCGGUUUAUUACGUGGUUUUACGGAGGUGCGAUCGUACGCGAGAAAUCAGUGUCACAAGCGUGCACAAGCGGAUCCGCGAGUUUCGCGAUUAUUCGUAUCGUCGUCGGCGACGAUCGCGUGAUGGCCGAACGUGGUAAAACGGCAACCAUCGUGCGUGGUUACUGUCUGGCCGCACGGUGCAUCUAGUUCCUCGGGGGGGCCGGGAUUCGUAAGUUAGAAAAAAUUUAACGUAGUUUCCCCGUCGGUGCUCGGCGUGUUUGCGCACCGGACGUUCCGGACGAACAAACGAGCGAGCAAGCGAGCAAACGGACAAGGUUGGGCGGGGAGUGUCGUUGUCAUCGGUGCUGUGGGUGUCGUCGCGACAUAUUUACACGGUGCGCAAUUCCCGUGGUUGUGCGUGAGAUUGAGUGAGAGAGGUGGCGAGAAGAGGGAGAGAGACGAAGACAGAGACAGAGUGCGAGCGUGGCGAGGAUCGCGCGAGCGUCGAAAGUAACGAGUCAUCUACCGAUCCAAGAUGGCAGAAGGCCAGCAGGAGGGUGGUCCGAAGAAGAUCAUCGUCACCGUGAAAACGCCGAAGGAGAAGCAGAGCGUGGAGAUCGAAGAAAAUGCUACGAUAAAGGACUUCAAGGAGGCGGUCGCGAAGAAGUUCAGCGCUCAGACCGAUCAGCUGUGUCUGAUUUUCGCUGGCAAGAUAAUGAAGGAUCACGAGACCCUCGGAACUCACAACAUCAAGGAUGGUUUAGCAGUGCAUUUGGUUAUUAAAGCACCGCGUACAGACACCACGCAGAAUCAGCAAGAAUCUAAUCAGAAUCAGAGACCACAGGCUAAUAUCAGUGCCAGUCCAUUUGGAUUGGGUAGUCUAGGUGGAUUGGUAGGAUUAGAAUCGCUUGGAUUGGGAACAGCCAAUAUGAUAGAUUUACAGCAAAGAAUGCAACAAGAAUUACUGUCAAAUCCGGAAACCAUGCGUCAAGUGCUAGACAAUCCGUUUGUACAGAGUCUAAUGAACAAUCCAGAGAAUUUACGUAAUUUGGUGGUUGCAAACCCCCAAAUGCAAGAACUAAUGCAACGUAAUCCAGAAAUCAGUCAUAUGAUGAACAAUCCUGAACUUUUACGGCAAACAAUAGAGUUGGCGCGUAAUCCAUCAAUGCUUCAAGAAUUGAUGCGUUCGCACGAUCGAGCACUGUCUAAUCUAGAGAGCAUACCUGGUGGCUACAGUGCACUGCGUCGCAUGUACCGCGAUAUUCAGGAACCGAUGCUGGCAGCGGCGACAAGCGGACGUAAUCCGUUUGCCGCUCUGGUAGAGAACAGCAAUUCCUCUAAUCAGGACACCCAAAAUCCACAACAGGGUCAGGAAAAUCGGGACCCUUUGCCGAAUCCGUGGAGUCAGAAUCAGAGCGACAGCGGUACGGCGCAGCAGGGUCAGAGCAGAGGUUUGUUAGACUCUCCGGGUAUGCAAAGCCUUACGGCACAGAUGAUGGAAAACCCGCAACUUAUGCGAAACAUGCUGAACGCCCCGUACACAAGAUCCAUGUUAGAGGCGAUGGCUGCCGAUCCAGCAAUGGCCAGUCGAGUUAUCGCGGCGAAUCCGUUCCUACGUGGCAAUCCGCAGAUGCAGGAACAGAUGCGCGCUAUGAUGCCCGCUUUUAUUCAACAAAUGCAGAAUCCACAAAUACAGAGCGUUGUCACUAAUCCAGAUGCUUUAGCAGCUAUCAUGCAGAUUCAGCAGGGUAUGGAACAGUUGCGUACCGUAGCUCCGGAACUCGUGGAAAAUAUGGGUCUCACAGCACCCGCGGCUGCAACACCGAAUACCACAGGCACGAAUAGCAAUGUGUCGGCUAACCCAUCAUCGGACACUAAUCAGCAGGAUGAGUUUUCUCAGUUUAUGGCACGUAUGGUUUCUGCAAUGGCAUUAAAUCAAGGUGUAGAUGUUGACGGCCAACCUGUACCUCCAGAAGAACGUUACAGAGCACAAUUAGAGCAACUUACGGCUAUGGGUUUUCUUAAUAGAGAUGCUAAUUUACAAGCGCUCAUCGCUACGUUCGGAGACAUAAACGCCGCCGUUGAGAGACUACUCUCCAAUGGACAAGUAUCUAUGAGCUAACCACCAAUCUGCAAUACUGUUAUUCCAAUAUUAUCAUUAAUUUUGUCCUUAUUUACCUCUUACGUUAGAUGUGAGAGAUAUUUGAGGUAACUGGCUGUCAAAAAUUAUGAACUUAUAUUCUCCUCUCCCCCUUUUCCCUUUCCCGUGUCUCAGUCUUAAUGGAAUACACGCUACUCGUUCUUUCAAUUUGCGAUUUUUCUUGUUUUGAUUUGAUUUAGAUUUGUGUUUUAAGCGAUAAAUAGAAGUCGAUGGUGAUUACCAGGGAUGUGCAAACGGGAAACGUGCAAAGCGCCUCAGAGUUCCCGACUUUGGGAGAUUCUCCGAUCAGUCAUGAUAAUUAUUUCUUGUUAAGUGUAUGCGUGUUUCCAAUGAAAAUUAUGAUUUACGACAGUUGAUCAAAGAUAAUAUUUGACAAAUAAAAAAGUGUAAUUUUUGGCGGAAGUUUACAUUCUUCCGAAAUAAAUAUACACGAGAAAAAAAGCCUUUUUUCAAGAUAUACGCCUAAAAACUGAUCUUGAAAUAAAAAAGUUUUUAUGUAUAUAUAAUUUUCUAUUAAUUGUCAAACUGAUCUUGAAGUAAGAGUUUUUAUGUACACGUAAUUUCUUCGCUUUUUCUGACAUCACGUGACACUAUUAUCUAAGACGGCUCUGUAGCGAGUAAUCAGAAGUCUUAAUAAAAUACGUACUUUUCAAUGUAGACAUUGAAAAGAAACAAUAGUGUGUUAAUAAAGACUGUUCUCCUCUCCCCAUUACCUUUGCACGACCCUGAUAAUUGCCAUUGUUAUUCGUUUCGUAAUCAGUUGUUCACCUUUUUAAACUUUGUUGUUAAUUCUCGUCUGUGUAUAUUCUUCGAUGUGCUCUAAACUGUAAGCUCCGUUGAUGUCCUUUUAUGUAGAUUUCUUUACGAAAGUUGUCAAACAGACUUGUGCGAGUAGAUUGAUAAAAAAAAAAAAAGUAAUAAUAAUAAUAAGAUCAUGUUUAUAAAGUUCAAAGCGUUAAAAUCCUUACGACGUUUCUUAGAAGCAUGAACGGAACCUAUGGAGAAUAUUAGAUUGCCGCUAUUUAACUCGCUUUCUCUCGGCUUCGUCGAUCAAUUGAGAGAUUUGUAUUCGUCGCAGAGCGUUCGGUCGAUCAUUCUUUUUUGUUUUCGGAUGUAAUUUGUAGCCUCGUAGCGCGUAUACACGUUAUUUGUACUUUCCAGAUAGAAGAACAAAUGGACGUUUAAAUCAGCUGGGAAUGAAUGUAAUGCUUUGCGCACGGAUUUCUUAAUUAUUUUAUACGUAAAAAAAAAAUAAAAUAAAGAAAAUAUGAAGUACAUCCCGGAAGACGGAAUCCGCGUUGCUCUCGAAAAGCACGAUCCGUGAUUCUGUAACACACACAUGUACACACACGUUUCCAUGUAAGGUUUUAUAUAGGAUACCGAGUGUAACAGUGGCUUUCUUUUAACAAAAAAAAAAAAAAAAAAAAAAUUUCUCUUACUGGUGUGCACCGUUGGUCUCUCCGUUGGUUUCAUUUGAUCGUAGCGUAAAAAAAACUACUUAUAAGUAAGCGUUACAUGUCUUGUAAUACAAAUCUAGAAAUUUGUAGCGUGAUAAUCGAGACAUACUGCGUAUAGGUUGUUCAUAGACAUUGUGCGAGACAAGGAUCGGACAUAAGUGACACGUAAAAAAGAAAAAAAACUGGACUCAAAGCAGGCAACAUCUCUUAUGCUGGAAAUAGACUAUGCGUGUAUUCGUGAUUCGUGAUUCGCGAUUCGCGAUUCGUAGCGAUGCGCUACGUAGUAGUUACGCGAAUACACGCAAAAAGUGUGUUUGUAUAAUCGCGAAUCACGAAUCACGAAUACGCGCAUAGUCUAGAGGUAGCAUUAAUCGUCAGUUAGCUCUAAAGACAAGGAUGCAGAGAAACUAAGAGUGUGUGUUGUAAAUUUAUCUUUAUCGGGGGGAGGGGGGAAGAAAAAAACAAAGAAGAAGCAGUUACACAUAUGAUUUUAAUAUUUUUGAUUGAUGUACGAUUAUAUACGAGAUAAAUAUUCAUGCGCAUUAUAUUGUAUCUUUUAUGUGUAUUCAGUAUACUUCACUGGACGAGACAUUCAGCUGUAAAAGCGAUUAUAUAUUACAUUAAAUAAAGUUGGUUGAUUCA